CUGGGACUGCGACAAACGCACUCAAAUGCGACUCUUCCGCGGCCACAAGGCCCCCCCCCCCAAGGCUCCCCCCCAAGGCUACCUGGUCUCUGGUGGCCGAGAUGACCUGAUCAAUGUCUGGGACACAACCAUCGAGCGAAUAGUCUACAGCCUGCCCCAGCCCAACGCAAAUAUUGCCUCGAUCGAUUUCUCCUACUGCAACAAUCUGCUGGUUGUUUGGAGCCAGGACUGCCAUCUGAGCCUUUGGGAGUUUCAGCUGCUCGUCAAGUGCCCCGAGAAGAAGGUUUCGUCCACCCAAAGCACCAAAGCAAGUGAGCUGGCGCUAAUCAGCACGAUUCAGGCCUGUAAAAAUGGAAUUUUCCUUCAAAGUGGGUUCGUCGGUCGCGAUGCCCUGAUUGUCAUCUGGACGAUGAGUUCUCGGAAGGUAAUAGCGUUAAGCCCGAAAGCAGCCGAGAAGAAGACUGGCGUUGUGAAGGCUCUUGAAACUUGUACUUUGAAUACAGAGAAAUGAUGAGAUUGAUGCAGAAAUAGCUUCUCGGACCCAGGCGCUGAGGCGAGUCAUCGAUGGAAAGCACCGUGGAUUCCAUGAACAUACAUUCGAUUCAUUUAUAUAAACGUAAACAUACACAGCCCAAACUUCAAACAUUAAAACUAACCAUUCGGA